CUCGUGGCUUUGGAAUGAAGAGAAAGCAUAUUAUGACUCAGAUCUUUGUCAGUCGGCCGUCAAGUUCGUGUCAUUUUCUGAUAAUUUAUUCGUGUGCAGUGAAUGACAUAAAAGUGAAUAGCGAAUUUCAAACUGGCUUGCGUCAAUUUACAGCUUUCAGAUUGUAAGGCAGAUAAGGGAGAUGACUAAAAAAACGUCCCACUGCUGAAGAUAGCUUCUUUCGUCAUCAUCGUCAUCAUCCAUCGCCUACAUCAUCCGUCGCCUCCUACUUCAGCUCACCCCAACGGCAUAGACUCUUCUGUCGUGUGAUUAAGCACGAUUGACGAGAAGUUUCCGAGUGUUUGAACGUCUGUGACACGCGGAUGUAGAACAAGUCGUGACUUCGUGACGAGGCACUUUUCUUUUUUCCUUCUCUUUCGUAGAGUUCUUCCUCUUGCAAAUUUCUCUGGUUUUCACGCGGAUUAGUGGGAGAUUGCAAUUCAGUGUUUACGUCGCAGUACAGUGCCAACAUGGGCUUGGAAAGCUUACGAGACGUAAAAGACGAAAGCAUGCAGCUGUGUUGCUCAAGGAAGGACGAGGCUGACUCGCGGUCGGGACUGGAAAAUGGAGAUAUGAACGAUCCAUUAGCAGGGAACGAUAUAGAAAAAUUUGGAUUUUACCAGAUCGUGACAUUCACAUUUCUCAGUAUACCGUUGAUACUAUCGGCAGGAUUUACGCUUUCUUAUGUAUUUACUGCGGGCGAGAUUAAAUAUAGAUGUUUAGUGCCGGAAUGCGAGCAUUCAGGGAACACGACGUUUGAACCGCCGUGGGUCAAUGCUUCUGCACCGAAAAUUGACGGGAUCAUUUCUGGUUGCACGCGUUACACGGUGCGAGAUGAUCGACCGGGAAUAUGCACGGAAACAUCGUUCACCAACGUCACUUGCGAUUGUGAUUCUUGGAUUUACGAUCCAGAGGAGCAUACGAUACUCAACGAGUGGGACUUUACCUGCGACGCUAAUCGAUGGAAACUCACAAUGGUGGGCACAAUGCAGAAUAUCGGUCAGUUCGCCGGCUUGAUGUUCGCUGGAUACAUAUCUGACAGAUACGGGAGACGAACCUUUUUGACGGUGGCGACGUCUCUGUCUGCAGUCAGUGGCUUGAUACAUUCCUUCUCCGUGAAUUAUUGGAUGUUUCUCGCAUUCGAAUUCCUCGAUGCCAGCAUGGCGGCUGGAAUUUACAGCGCGGGAUUUAUUUUAGGGUUGGAGACGGCGGGAAAGAAAAACAGAGUCUUUGGAAGUACUAUAAUCUGCUGCAUGUUCGCCGUGGGUGAGAUUUUGCUAGGAUUGAUCGCAAGUUGGCUAAGAUCUUGGCGAACGCUUCUUAGGGUAAUAUACGGGCCAGGACUGUUAGCUGUCUUCCUGCCUCUGCUCAUUCCAGAAUCAAUUAGGUGGCUGCUGAUAAAGAAUGAACAUAAGAAAGUGGAAAAAAUAUACCGUAAAAUGGCUCGGAUGAACGGUCUGCCAGUAACGGACGAGGCCAUCAAUACGUUUAAAGAAAUAAAUGUAGAUAAGGAGGAAGCGAAAAGUAAACUGGUGACAUCGGACGAAAGGAAACCGAUCGUGCAAGUUCUACAUAGUUCAGUGAUACUCAUUCGACUGCUGAUUUGCUCGUUCUGCUGGCUCACGAACACGUUCGUUUAUUACGGACUGUCGUUGAAUUCCGUGGCGUUCGCUGGAGAUAAGUACAUCAAUUUCGUGCUCGUCGCGGUGGUCGAGAUACCGGCGUAUUGCCUUGCUUGGGUGCUGACCGAUCACAUUGGCCGUAAACCAACGCUCUCUGGUCCAUUCAUACCGGCAGGAUCCUGGAGUUACGGGCCUUUACUUUUAUACAUGGCUGGAAAGCUGUGUAUCACCAUGGCGUUCGCUACCGUUUACGUCUUCACGGCGGAGCUGUUCCCGACGACGCUUAGGCAUUCCUUGCUCGGAAUUUGUAGCAUGACAGGCCGUGUCGGAUCAAUCUUAUCGCCGCAAACGCCUCUUUUAGUACAAAUAAUGCCGUCACUGCCGCUCAUCCUGUUCGGGUCCAUGGGCAUGAUCGCGGGCGUCCUGUCUCUGAUUUUCCCAGAAACUUUAGGGACGAAACUUCCGGAUACUGUAUGGGAGGCAGAGAGGAUCGGCAAGUCAAACGAGAUUCGCGAAAUUCCGGAUAGCACGCCACGCCAGAAAAGCAGCGCAGAAUGCUAAGACGCGCUAAAGUCUCUCUCUCUCUCUCUCUCUCUCUCUCUCUCUCUCUCUCUGUCUCUAUACCGAGAGAACGGUGAUAGUUUUUAAAAGUUUACUGACAGCAACGGUCCCGCCAGAUAGAGAUAAGGGGGUGAUCUUCACGAGACUCGACAUCUAAAAUACGCGGGGCGCACAAUUGAUGUGGGGAGAGAAACGCAGUGAGAUCUCAUCGUGCUCGCCGCAACAACGAGCGCAAUGCACGCUCGCAGAUUUUAUCUGUCGGCGAUUUGAAUAAGCACGGCAUAUUCCACCCCGUAACUGUUUACCCUCCGCCGCCGCCGCCACCGCCGCCGCACCCGUCGUCAUUUGUCUUACUCCCUCGCGUUUAUCCGCUCGCGCGCGCACGGAAGAGAAGGAUUAUAAUAUCUUCCGGUGAAGUCUCAGUGUUCUCACGGUAUCUCGAAAUCUUUCGAAAUCUCCCCCGACGUGCAUGAGCAUGCAAUUCGCGAGGUGUUAAGUGGAAAUAGAUCAGAUCUCUACCGCGCUAGUUCGUCGCAUUCGUAUGAUAUAUUUGUAUGUCUUCAUUAUACAUUACUUUUCGCUUCCCGAAUUAUAAUACUCGCACUGCAUUAAUAAUUAAAAUACCAUUCUUAACUCGGGAA